UGGAAAUUCGCGCCAAAACUAACAACAAUGAAUAAUCAUAUUUUUUAUUUAUUUUGAUAACAAAUACAUAUUUUAAUAUAAGUAGGUAUAUUUGUUAUACUCCAAAAUGAUGAAAAAUUUAAAUCAUUAUUUUACUGAAUCAGUUAAAAGUGGUGGAAUAGUUGAUAAUAAUAAUACCAAUGCAUCACUCAAUAAUGAUAAAAAAAAACGUAGCAGAGUUAAAAUUAAAAUAUCACAAGGAAAAAAUAAAGAACCAACUUGCAAUAUUAUUGAGAGUAAACAUGAUCUUGUUGACAAGACACCAAGUCCAUUUACAACAACAACAACAACAACAUCAUCAUCAUUAUCAAAAGUAUUGCCAGAUGAAACACCUAAAAAAUCAACUUUAAUAAAAAAUAAAAUACACAAUUUAAAUAAGUUAACUAAUAUUAUUGAUAAUGAUGAUGGUGAUAAUGAUGAUGAUGAAUGUGUAGAGAUGAAUAUUAUUAAAACAAAAAAUACAAGAAAAAAUAAAAAUACAUUACUUAUGAAAAAUAAUAGUAUUGAUAAAUAUUGUAAUAAAAAUGAACCAGUGAAACAUGAAGAAUCAAAUGCAUUUAAACUUAUGAUGACAACUCGUAAUAAACAGACAUCAUCAACUGAACAAUCAAGUCAACAGAGUCAAUCCACAGAAAAUACAAAAUCAAUUGAUUCCAAAACCAAUAAAACAAAACAAUUAAAUAAUAAAAAAGAAAAUAAAAAAAAUAUCAAAAGAAAAAUGGUUAUUGAAGAUGAUAUUGAUGAUGAUAAUGAUGAUGAUGAUGAUGAAUCAUACAAUGUAUUUGAUGUAAAAUCUAAAAAUCAUGGUAAAAUUUUAAAAAAAGCUAAGAAAAAUGAAGAAGAAAUUAAAAGUCCAAUGAGCCAAGUACAAAGUCAAAAACCAUUAAUGGCUGGUAGUUUACACAAUUAUUUUAGCAAAUUAACACCAGAGGAAAAAGAAAAAGAGAGACUUACAGCUCUGUCAACAGUUGUUGUAAAGGCUGAAAUUCAUGCAACACCUACUAGUGAUAUUAUUUCACCAUCAACAAAAAUAUUUGACAAAUCAAAAUCAUCAAUAAAAUCAAUUAAAUCACUUAAAUCAAUCAAAUCAAAAACAAGAAAAGUACUUGCAACAAUUGAUGAUAUUCAAGUAUUGAGAUCAGAAACACCAAGUCCACCUCCAUCACCACCACCAGCACCAAAACCAGAGCCAGAACCAAAACCAGAACCACCAGCAUCACUACAUCCACUUGUUAAACAAAAUAACAAAAUUAUUAUUAAUAAAAAAGAGGAACAACGACAGAAACCCAAAUGGACACUUAGAAUAAAUCUUUCUUCAACAAAUGAUGAUGUAGAUGAUAGUGUUAUAGAUGAUGAUGAAGAUGAGCAUUUUAUUUUUACAAAAUCAAAAAAUAAAUCAAUUGGCAAAAGAAAAAAAAAUGAUAAUAUCAAAUCAAGUGAAAAUCAACAUGUCGAAUUGAAAGAAAAACCUACUGAAUUAAAUUUUGAUAAAGAAACAAUAAAUGUUGUUGAUGAGGAUGAUGAUGAUGAUGGUGAUAAUGACAAAGGUAAAAAAGACAAAGAAAAAGAAACAAAAUGUAUCAAUGAAAAAUUAGCACCAUUAUUUUUAAAAAAAGCAAAACCUGAUCCAGAAAUAGCAGCAGCACGUAAACGUUUUUUAACAUCUUGGUCUUCAGAUAAUAAUUCAACUAAAAAAUUACUUAAAAAAUCAGAAUCAUUUAAUAAUAACAAUAAUAAUAGUAGUAAUGGUAAUUUAACAUUUUUACCAUUUCCAAAAAUAUCACAUAUUGAUCAACAAAAUAACAACAAUCUUGCUAAUAAUGAUAAUGAUAAUGAUGUGAAAAAUCCAGUAAUUAAAUUUAAAUCAUCACAAUACAUUCCUAAUAUUAAUAAUAUCAAUGUUGCCAAUUUGAAAUCACUGAUUAAUUUUGAAAUUUCAAAUAAUAAAUCCUCCAAUUCAUUGUCAUCAUCAUCAUCAUCAAAAAAUGAUAUUGAAGAAAUUUUAAAUGACAUUGAAUCAAGAUGUGAAAAUGCAAGAACUAUAUGGCAAUAUAUUAAUGAAAAAAAUAAUUCACAAACAACAACAGUAAAAAAACGUAAAUCACAAGAUAAUAAUAAAUCAAAAAAUACAAGUUCAAUGUGGACACAUAAAUAUCGUCCAUCAAAUGCAUCACAAAUUAUUGGUAAUGAAGAAGCAGGAUUAAAAUUGAAAAAUUGGCUAAAUCAAUGGAAAAAUCCAGUUCGUGUUAAUCGUAAAAAUGAUGAUGAUGAUGAUGAUGAUUAUAGUAGUGGUGAUGACUUUUAUUCAUCUGAUAAUAGUCUCAGUAAUAAUAAAUGCAAUGGAUUUAAUAAUACAAAUCAAGUUGCAAUAUUAUUGGGUCCUCAUGGUUGUGGAAAAACAGCAAGUGUUUAUGCUGUUGCUGAAGAACUUGGAUAUAAAAUAUUGGAAGUUAAUGCAUCAAGCAAAAGACAGGGUAAAAAAAUACUCAAAGAUUUUGAAGAAGCAACACAAUCACAUAGAAUUAAAAAAAAUGAUUUCAAUACAUUGAGCCAAAGUUUGUUGUCAAAUAAAGACGAAAAAAUACCACAAAAUUCACUUAUUCUUGUUGAAGAUGUUGAUUUAAUAUUUGAUGAAGAUGAAGGCUUUUUAUCAGCAAUUAAUCAAUUGACACUAAAUACCAAAAGACCAAUUGUCAUGACAUGCACUGAUACAUGUUUUCAUUUAUCAAAAAUAAUUUCAUCACAACAAAUGAAAAUAUAUAUUAAACGUCCAACUGCCAAAAAAUUAUCACCAUUUAUUGAACUAAUAGCACUUGCUGAAACUGGUCAACGUCUUGCAACAAUUGACAUUGAUCGUUUUAUUGCUGAUUGUGAUAUAAGAAAAUCAAUUAUUCAGCUACAAUAUUUACUUGCAACUGGUAGUAUCAAUGAUCACUGUGUUUGUGGGGAUUUUGAUAAAACAUUUUAUCUAGACAUGCGAAACUAUAUUUACAAACCAGCUAUUAAAAAUAAACAUAGUACUAGUAUGAAUAAAUUAUCAAAUAGUUUAGAUGCCAUAUCAUUUUUAUCAUCAUUAGUUGAUAUAAAUGAUCCAAUUUUAAAUGAUCAUGAUAAUAAUAAGUUGAAGCUUAAAUUUGAGCCAAGUUUAUCAUUGCUAGAAAAUAAUAAUUUAUAUUCAAAUAAUCAUGUGCAAAGUUAUGAAAUUGCAAGUUGGAUUAGAAAUUAUAUUUUUUUAAAAAAUUCAAAACAAUCAAGUGUCGUCGUUGUUGAAUCAGACACUUUAAACUCUAAUAAUAAUAAUAAUAAUAAUAAUAAUAAUAUGUUAAUUUUUAAGAAACAAUUUAUUAAUGGAGUCAAUUUGGCAUUGUCAAAAGUAACGACAUUUAAUAUUGAUAAUCAAGCAAUUUAUCUUGAUUAUUUACCAACAAUAAGAACAAUUUGUCGAACAGAAGAUAUCAAAUUAAAAAAUAAUGCCAAACGUGGCAAAAGAUUUUUUCAUUAUUUAUCAAAUUUGAGAUUACCAGCAGCAUCAAUGAAACCAAAUAUUUUAUCAGCAGCUUCAAAAAUUAUGUUUGACAUAAAUAAUAAUGAUAAAUCACAAGACACUAGCUCAAAUGAAUAAUGUGUUUUUGUUUUUCUUUUUUUAAUUUUUUUUUUGUUGUUAUUUUAUAAAUUUGAAAAUAAAAAUAAUCAAUGUAUUUAAUCAAUUUGCAGUGGCU